AUGAGUCUUGCUUAUGUGACUACGAGGAGGAAUAGUGCUGAUUUCAUGAUACCUAGUGCGACCGAUGUCGUCGGCGAAAGAGAGCAAAAUGUCGAGCACAUCGCGAAGACGGUCGACGACCUGAAGCACAUGCUACAGAACCUUCGUCACGAGCAUCCGCCAGGUUCAGGCCCAGGUCCCACCCAGCACGGCACUGCCUCAGCUGCCACCUUGUCGCGACCGUCUCUGGCUUCGGCUCAGACUUCUGAGAUUAGAUCUAGAAGGUCACCGGCAGUGCUUCAGUCAGAGUUCGGCGGCGAGUCUUCCAUCUCCGCGCAUGCCUUGUUCGCCACGACUUUUCUUCAGAAUGUGGUCGGCAACAGCCAUUCCCCGAGGGUCACCGUGGAAAUGGCACCAGUCAUGCAGACCCUAAGCAGCAUUGCCGACGUUCAGAACCAGACAGCCGCCUCUUCAGAAACCUUGUUUCCGCACGCCAGGCCGCUGGAGGACGGGAGAAAACCAGUCAACUUCCCUACGCCGGCAGCCGACAAGGUUUUUGGCUGUCUGCGUAUGGCUCAAGAACAUGACAUGGUGGAGGCCUUGUGGCUGCCCGAGUUUGAGUCCAUGGGCCAUUUUACAGAAUAUGUCAUCAAAGUCUGCUCCCUCGGGCCAUCGUCUGAAGCAGAGCUCAUCAUCUUCAACACAGGCAUGUUCUGGCUGUUUCUCGAGUGCGCCAGUUUCAUGGAAGACGAAGACGAGAUGAAUGAUUAUACCGCGCAAUCAUAUCUCUGCCGGGAUAACCUUGAAACGCUGCUGGCUCAUUUGGGAUAUCACAUACCAAAUACCAUGGAUUACAUCUACGCGCUGAAUAUGGCGACCACCUACUGUCUCCAAACCAUCAAGACGACAGCCGCGUGGUCCUUCAUCUCGACGAGUGCACACGCCUGUCAGGCCCUCGGUCUGCACAGCGCCGUCUCGCUCCAUCCCGCGUCGCCCGCGCAGCAGGUGAGGAAGCUUCGGCUCUUCUGGGCCGUAUAUGGGAGCGAAAAGGGGCUUGCCCUGCGUCUGGGCCGCUCCUCCAACAUUCGCGACAGUGAUAUCACCAUUCCGCGCCCCAAACAGCCGACAGGGCCCGACUUGCUCAUCAACAAACUGACGCCGCUGUGGACGCAAGCAGCGGCCCUGCAGGGCCGGCUCUACGAUGAAAUCUACAGCCCGGGGGCGUUUCUCCAGCCGCAGCAGGUCCGUUACGAGCGGGCAGGUACGCUGAUCGAAGACCUCAAGAGCCUGAGGGAGGCAUCCGAGGCACUGGAGGUUCGUUGUUCACCAGAGCACAGCAAUCUGAUGCAUGCUCGGCGUGCUGACCGUGUUCGCUCACAGAAAGAAAUCGUCAGCCAGGCAGCGCCCGGCGGCCAAUCUCCCCUUUCCGAGCUCUGCUGGCGCGCAGAUCGGAUCGCGUACCUUUCCAUGCUGACGCUGGCCUACCGAAGCCUCCCACCGACGGACCCCUUCAUCUCGUCGUUUGCAGCGGGCUGCAUCGCCACGGCGCGCCAGGCCCUCGACGAGCAUGAGCAGUGCCUCAAAGCCCUGAGCCGGACGCAAACCGCCAAGACGUCGGCUUACAUUUCGCAGUCAACAGGGACAGCUAACGUUGGAGAUACCAGGUCCCUCCUGCAAACCCCCUUCGUGCCCUUCACCAUCCUGUUCUGCCACGCCAUCGAAACGGCAAGCAGGGCAGACCUCCAGGUCCUGCGCAGCUUCCUCGACACCCUCGAGGGCACGGCCUACUCGUCGCGCCACCUCUCGACCCAGAACCAGCUGCGCCUCUUCCAGGCCCUCUACAGCGUCGCCGUGCGCUACAUCUCGGUCCAGGAGAGCAGUUCCCUGCUGGCGGGCGCCUGGAGCACGGGAGGCGACGGGGAGGCGCCCGCGGGUCAGGCGUCGGCGCACUUUUCGAGUCAGAGCAUGGCGUCGGCGCAGGCGGCCGAGGAUCAGUUCAUGGCGAACCUAGGGCUGCAGGUUGACUCGUCGGGCAAUCCUCUGGCGAGCUGGUUUGCGAGGAAUCAGCAGCUGAUGAGGAUACUGGAAAACUCAUGA